AUGGAACGUUGGCACAACAAAGUGGCAGUGGUGAGCGGAGCCAGUGCCGGCAUUGGUGCCGCUUGUGCUCGAGCCCUAGUCGGUGCCGGGUUGGUCGUAGUGGGUCUGGCGCGUCGGCAGGAGCGCGUGGAGGAGCUGCGAGCCUCGCUUCCAGUCGCACAGCAGAAACAACUUCAUGCGGUCAAAUGUGACAUUCGGCAGGAGGCGCAGGUGCAGUCAGCCUUUGAUUGGGCGCAACGUGAAUUGGGUGGCGUAGACGUGCUGGUGAAUAAUGCGGGCAUAAUUGCCACCACCGAGCUAAGCCAGAGCCAUAACUCGGAGGCGAUACGCGACACACUCGAUACAAAUGUGAUGGGCAGUGUCUACUGCAUUCGCGAGGCCUUUCAGUCUAUGCGAAACCGCAACGCCGAGGGUCACGUGGUCAUUGUGAACAGUAUUGCUGGCCAGCAGGUGCCUAAUCUGGGACCUCAACUGCCAUCGCUCAAUAUUUAUCCAGCCACCAAGUUUGCCUUACGGGCAAUGAAUGAAAUAUAUCGUCAAGAGUUUCAACGCCAUAAGACGCGCGUUAGAGUAUCGACCAUUAGUCCAGGCAUAGUCAACACGGACAUCCUACCGCAAGAAAUUCAAGGCUUGAUAAAACAGCAUAUGCCUAUGCUUCGAAGCGAAGAUAUAGCGGACGCUCUCCUUUGGAUAAUUUCCACACCUCCUAAUGUGCAAGUUCACAAUAUUACAAUCAAACCUCAAGGCGAAAAGUUUUAGUCGAAAAUAUGAAAAACGAACUAGAAUUCUUUACUAUGAAGUAAUUACAUACUACAUAUAUGCGUUCUUAGGCUUAAUGUGCUUCAUUCACUUUUUCCUGAUAACGCAUUGUUUUAUCUCAGCUACUAAUUCGCGGGUGCAAGUUGAUGCUUUAAUCUUUUCAUUAUAUUCUUUAAUGAAUUAUUUAAUUGGAUCUAUUGCGUACGCAUGAGGCAUCUAAUACAAACAAUAUUUUAUUAUAAUUAUGUCUCUAAAUUCCAUAGAUUAUCUAAAGUACCUAAAGAACAAUACUUGGAGCGGAGCAUGCUUAAACGAAAAUCACGUUACCAGUAUUUAAAAACCCAACAGAUUUUAUUUCAAAACAUUGCAACGAUAUUAUAAAGCAUUUAUUUUAAGAGGUAUAACAAUUUAUUUAAGAUAUUCACACAAUUUUUGCUGAUUAAAAUGUGAUACCUCUUGAAAUUUAGCCAGGCUUAAAAUAACACUAUUAAGCAAAGAUUUAAAACAAUAAACCCAUAAAUUAAUUGAAGUCUUGUAACGUUCCUCUGGCACGGGUAUACAAGCCGACCAGAGUAGUUGCAAAAUUUGAUAUUUGGGCAUCCCGAAAUAAAAUAAAGUUA